GCGGGACGAGCAGGACCGCGACGAGUCUGACUCCGACGACUCGGCGGCAAUCGAUUUGCGCCAGGAGCAGGAGGAUGACCUGGAGGAGACGGUCAAGCCGUUCCUCCGCUCCACCCGGUCCAAGAGGGGCUCCGGCUCUAAGAAGCGGAGUAACCCGUCGGGUGGAGGCCAAGGCGGAGGCUCUAAGGGGAAGUACUCCAAGGGCCGAGGGACAGGGCGUGGCGCAGCGGCGUGGCUUGGUAUCGGUGUGGUUGCGUCCACUUGCCGCGGCACCGGCCUGGUGCGCGGCCCUGUUCCCCUCCGCCUGCCGCCGCGGCCCGUCGGGCGCGCGGCACCUUUCAGGUUUGCGGCCGCAAGGCGCAACCGCUCCGGCCGAGUGGCUGAGCCGGUCCUGGCAGCAGCGUCCUAUACCUGGGCGUUGACUCGCCGGGUAUUGAACCGACUGGCCCACAUUUGCACAGGCAACAUUAGCGCCUGGGCCGGAGUGGCGGCGGCUUUGGCUGCGCCUGUGCUCCUCUCUGUCCAGAGGGGCUCAGUGGGAGUCGUUGACGAGACUCUCGCCGCAGUUGCUCAGCAGUCUGCUGAGCUCGUGCAGGAGGUCGGCGCUGAGGCUGCGCGGACCGUCCAGGUCGCCGGCCGGGCGGUCAGCAUCAUCGCGCUGAUCCUUUGCGCCGCGGCGACUUGGUUUGUCGCGCGGGCAGUGUUGAACCGACUGGUUCACGCACUCAAAGGAAAUUCGCUCCCCGCCGUGCUGGUCGAGAUGGUCGGCGGUGAAGCGACCUUUGCAGUGCAAGGGAAACGCACCCAAGCUAUGCACAAAGUGUGGAUCAGGCUGGCCUCUAAGGAGGCGGCCUGUGGGUGCAAAGCCUUCUUGCAGGAGGGGACGUGCGGGCAUUGCGAUGCCGCCGUUCAGACUGCAUUGCAGAUGGGUCUGUUGCAGGCGGACUCAGCUGCAUCAGCUCCGGAGGGUGAUCGCCCUGCGGAGCUCGGCUCGCGGGUGAUCGCAAGAGGGCUGGCCGCCCUUCCGACUCAGGAGUGCUUCUCUGGCUUGGCAGCAAAAAGUCGAGAAAUUAGCUGCCUUAGCGGACUCCUGAAUCGUGGCGGCUCUUCCCCUGGAGCGCCCGCAGCGACGUCAGCCACGCUUGCUGUUCCGGCCCCUGCGGCUGCGACGGCAGCGCGGGGCCCAAGGCGGAACAAGACGCCGCGGGCUGAGCCCUCCAGCCACGCUGUCCUUGAGGCGCUCGAGGCGGCGUGCGCCAGAGGAGUGGUGUGCAGCUUGAUUGCGGACGCCUCGCAGUGCUCCAAAACCAAGCUGCAGUGGCAGUCGCUAAAGCGCGUCGCCGCCGCCGGGGUGAACGUCCGUCUCGCGGCGGGUCACUCCGUGCGAGACGCGUACGCGGCGGACGGCCGCGGCACUGCCGUCGGUGCAGGCCUGAAAGGGCUGCACCAUGCAAAGGCUCUGCUGGUUGUUGGCGAUACAACGGCAGAGGUCAUCGUCGGUAGCCUUAACUGGUCGACGAGUUCCAAGGCCAACGCCGAGUGCGGACUGCGUCUGACAGUCGCCUCGGGAGCCCCAGUCGUGACGGACUUCAUUCGCGACUUUGAGACAGUGUUCUCCGGGGGCUCGGCGCUUGAUGACGCGAAGCCGCCUGCCCCCAAGGCAGCGGCUGCGUCCAGCAGCGCCCGCUCUGGGCCUACGACGCUGACCAUCUGA